AGAAGAAGAACAGGAAGUAGCCGUUCCUUCUGUUAGCAAUAAUUAGCGUAACGAAACUUACCGUCGUAUUGGAAAACGUCACCCAUUUGAGAAAAGGCUUUUAAAGGUUGUUUCAUGGAUUCCCCUCAGCAGUCCAAGAAAACAAACCUAAAUCGAGAGGCCAAACGCAAUCAGAACCAGUCGAGCGCCUCUCCACAAAAAACUGCAUAUGCCAGGCUCCUCAGCCAGCACCGCAGUAGUAAGUUCACGUUGUAUCUUGAAGAAUAUGCAGCGCAUUUGUCAUCCCAACAAGGAGGAAAUGCUUUCAACCCAGUGGUGCAAGCCCAUAGCUGUAGGCCUAAUAAAACACAACCAAAAAAGGACCAAAUGCUUAUGAAUGUUUGUGAUCCAGGUGACUUCUCUCCAUCCUCUUUGAACAACAAAAGAGAGGAGAGUUCGUUGUAUUUAUACAUGGAGAAAAUAAGUGCUCGUGAUGUUCAGCAGGAGUGUGAAAGGAAGCAAGGUGUGUCUGAGCUGCAGCGACGAGGACAGAGAAGGGACACCGCCACUAGUCAGGACGGAGAUAUUGAGUCCGGAGAGGAGAUUGGUCCUUCAAAAGCGAUCAGCACGAAGAAAUAUCAGAAGCAGCAAAGGAAAAAAGAGGUUUCUAACAGUAUUGUUGCCUCCAAAGAGGCUGAGGCAUUUGUUGAGUUAUCCCAGUCCCCAGUGAAAGUUAGUACAAAAACACAGGAGCAAGAAAAGAUGAAGAAGUUGAAGAACAAAGCAGAACACCCCGAAGGCGAGCAAUGCAGAGCGGCUAAAACUAAAUUAAAUUGUGGGGUUGAUCAGCAGACAUCAAGGCCCAAACCCCUUCACAAUAAAGACAAGAAACUUCAGCCACCACCAGCUUCAAAAACAAAUUCUCAGGCUAACAACAAAGGAGAGAAUAAAACAAAGAAACAGGUAUUUGAAACCUACAUGAGCUUUGAGGAGGUUUCCCAGGGUCUCAAAAGAGGGGAGCUCCUUCAGGGACAAUUAAGAAUCAAUCCUAAGAAUUACACCGAAGCUUUCAUUCCCUCUCCUGAUGACAAACAUGAUAUUUUCCUGGAUGGUGUUGUUGCUCGCAACAGAGCAUUCAAUGGAGACAUAGUAGUGGUUCGAAUGCUACCGCGGGAGCAGUGGAAGGUCAAGUCUGAUACUGACUGUGAAGGUGGCAGUGAGUCCGAGACCCAGAUGGACCAGUUGCAGCAAGCAGCUCAGAAGAAGACAGAGUGCGCUCUGAGUCCCAGUGUUGCUGUGGACGACAAGUCUAGUGAAGUGGUUGAACUGGUCAGCAAAUGUCAGAACACCUUAAUCAGUAAUGCAGGGAAACCUUUGGAAGACUCUUCAACAUCACAAGCCAAUGGAGGAACCCUACAAAAGACUGCUAAGGUGGUGUACAUUGUUGAGAAGAAGCACUCCCGAGCUGUGACUGGCUUCCUGAAGUUCCUACCAGACAAGCCCUUUGCCUGGUUCUCUCCUGUAGACCACCGGGUGCCACGGAUUAAUGUUCCUUUAAGUGACUGUCCCCAAGACUUCAGUUCCCGUCCAGCUGACUACACCAGCACCUUGUUCAUCUGUCGGGUCACCAAUUGGGCGGUCAAUAGCAACUUUGCAGAAGGCCAACUUGCGAAGUCACUGGGCCAAGCUGGAGAAAUCGAGCCAGAGACAGAGGGCCUCCUGAUGGAGUAUGAUGUUGAUUUCUCCGAGUUCUCAGAGGAGGUGUUGGACUGUCUUCCUAAGAACUUACCCUGGACCAUUCCGCCAGAGGAGAUCAGGAAGAGGAGAGACCUUAGGGAGGAGUGCAUCUUUACUAUUGACCCUACAACUGCCAGAGAUCUUGACGAUGCCUUGUCCUGUAAACAACUCCCAGAUGGCAACUUUGAAGUUGGUGUUCACAUCGCUGACGUGAGUUAUUUUGUGGAGCAGGACAGUGCUCUGGAUUCUGUCGCCAGCCAACGAGCUACAAGUGUGUACCUAGUUCAAAAGGUGGUUCCCAUGUUGCCAAGGCUGCUGUGUGAGGAGCUGUGCAGUCUGAAUCCUCAGGCUGAUAGGCUCACGUUCUCUGUCAUUUGGAAAAUCACUCCUGAAGGAAAGAUCCUGAGCGAAUGGUUUGGUCGAUCAGUCAUUCGCUCUUGUGUGAAGCUGAGCUAUGACCACGCUCAGAGCAUGAUCGAAGCCCCUGAGAAGUUGUUCUCUGCUGAUGAGCUCCCACCUAUGGACCCUGGGCAUCCUAUUGAUGAAAUCCACCAGGCUGUUCUCAACCUGCACUCUAUUGCCAAGAACCUUCGAGCUCAACGUUUCUCCGGUGGAGCCCUCAGACUCGACCAGCUAAAACUCUCUUUCACGUUAGACAAAGAGACAAUGAUGCCUCAAGGCUGCUAUAUUUACCAGUACAAAGACAGUAACAAGUUGGUGGAGGAGUUCAUGCUGCUGGCUAACAUUGCCACUGCGCACCACAUUUACAAAAAAUUCCCUGAGCUGGCUCUGCUGCGAUGCCACCCACCUCCCAAAGUCAAGAUGCUGGAUGAGCUACAGGAGCUGUGCAACCAGCUGGGAAUCAACGUAGACUUUUCCUCUGCAGGAGCGCUACAUAAGAGUCUCAACACUGUUGUUGGUGAUGAUGAGUAUUCCAGAGCCAGAAAAGAAGUCCUCACCAACAUGUGCUCCAGACCCAUGCAGAUGGCGAUGUACUUCUGCUCAGGUGUAAAAAAGGAGGAAGAGCAUUUUAAGCACUACGCCCUUAACGUUCCUCUGUACACACACUUCACAUCACCCAUCCGACGAUAUCCUGACAUCAUUGUGCACCGGCUGCUUGCAGCUUCGCUCAAGUGCGGGCCUCGUUUAAGCCUUUCAAUGGUGGAAGUUCAAAAGGUGGCAUCACACUGUAAUGACAAGAAGACUAAUGCCAAGAGAGUCCAUGAGCUCAGCUCGGAUCUUUUCUUUGCAGUGUUUGUAAAGGAGUGUGGACCGCUGGAUUCUGAGGCCAUGGUAAUGGGGGUUCUGGAUAAAUCCUUUGAUGUGCUCGUACUCCAAUAUGGUGUACAGAAACGCAUCUACUGCAAGCUCAUUGCAGACUUGGUCUCAUUCCACCAUCGUAAGGUGGGGAAGAAAUCUGAGCUCAGGCUGGUGUGGAAAUCAGAUAACACAGAAAAUGCCCCUGUAGAACAGAUCAUUUCAGUCUUCUCAUUGGUGCAGGUGCAGCUCAAAGCAGACAGUUCACCUCUGAAAUACAGUGCAGUACUAAAGAAGCCAGAGUGCAGAGGGUACUAGAACAAACACUUUGAUGCAAGCUUGGAGUUGUGCAUUCUCCUCUGUUUACUGACAGCAAUUAAAUCUUUACUAAAUGUAGGGUAACAUUGGUAUUAAACUGUUGUAUGUAUACCUUUUCAACCAACUCCCUGCAAAAGUCCUAAUUUAUCACAGCACUCUUCUUUUCUUCAGAUCAUUUUAAAGGGAGUUUUCUUAAGGUGCAAAGCAACAUUUGUACCCAAAUAGACAUUUGUUUUAUUCUUAUUUUUAGAAAGUUGGAAAGUGUUCAAUGAAUUGCUUUAGAAACUAAAAGGCUGCAAUAUAAAGUCUUGUGUAAGCUCUUUAAAAAUGUGCAAAGUGUACAAGAAUUUUUCUGCAACUUAGUGUAAAAUUUGGGUUUUGGCUCAGCUCUGCAAGCAGAGCGGUAUGAACUUUUUAUUAUUUUGCCUUUGAUUUAUUGACUUAAUGAGAUCCAUUUUGAGGUGCCAUAAUUUUUUUAAUACAGAGUCUAAUGUUUGAAAACUAAUUCUUAAACUUUGUUUUAGUUUUACAUCAACUGACUUCCUGAUUUAGCAUUGAGGAGAAAACCUAUGUUUAGCUGAUUGUGUGAAACAGUUUUACCCAUUUGUCAGUCUUGUUGUGUCUGCUGUAACAUUUCACACCCACAGUGGGUUAGAAAGUAAAAAUAUAACAGUAAAAGCAAUGUUAAAAAGUGUUGCUGUUGUUUUAGUUACACAGGUAACAUGAAAAGAGUGAAGAUGUGACUGUUUCAUUUUUCCUGUCCUGUAAGAGUCCUGGGUAUUUUGCUUAAUUUGUGAAAUCAAAAAAUGAAAUUUCCAAAGAUUUAAAGCUGAUUUUUUUGUUCCGUGGAAGUUCAGACAGGUUCAUAUUCAUUGACGAACUCUUGUAAUCCUAGUUUUUAUUUUGCAAUAAAAGAUUGUUUACAGUGUUUAAAAAGGAUUUCUCUUUAGAUUUCCUCUGCAGCCCUGUGAAUGAAGGCAGGGCUGGAUGUGUGUUGAUAGAUUUUUAGUGCAGCUCACAGGAUUUUUCUUCAUUUAAACAGCCUUCACUGGAGGAGCUACUGGUAGUUCAUUGAAUGUUUUUGCUGUCUAAACAAAGCUGUUUGGUCUGUCUUUUACAAUGAAUACAAAGUUUAUUUACCUGUUGCUUUUAAUUUAAUAUGUGACUGGACUUGAAUCUGAACUGCUGCUUCAUCUGUUUGGUGGAUUUAAAAUACAAACAAACCUCAUGGUUGAAAAUGUG